AUGGAAGUCACUGUCACCCCACACGGAAGUCUAAACUCAUCACGUGGGGUGAUAAUCGAGAUUGAUCUGAUGUCUGAAGACGAAUCAGAUAUACAGAUCAGUCUUUCAGAUCAAGGAGUCAUUGCUGUACGACGCACUUUCAUUUGUCGUGAUGGCAAGUUGAUACCAACUAAACAUCUCAUUCUUACUUUCAGAAAGCCAACAUUACCAUCAUUUGUUACUGCAGGAUAUCUGCGCUGUUCGGUUCGUCCGUACAUUCCAAAUCCGCUGCGUUGCUUUAAAUGCCAGCGAUUUGGACAUUCCCAAACAUCAUGUCGAGGCAAAAGUUUAUGUGCACAGUGUGGAGUUGAAGGCCACCAGGGUACUGAGUGCACAACCACUCCAUGCUGUGUCAACUGCAAAGAGGCCCAUACUGCCUACUCCCGAAAAUGUCCCACGUGGCAAAGAGAGAAAGAGAUUCAGCGGGUAAAGACGGUGAAUAAUAUACCUUACCCAGAGGGACGACGCAUGGUCACUUUAAAUUUACCAGUGAAACAGAAGACAUUUGCUGCUGUUCUGAAAUACGCAAAGACAUGUGGAGUUCAGACAGACAUUUCUGUUUCACCAAAUGAAUCUCUAACUCGCCAUGAAAAAUGUUUGCUAAUACCAUCUACCCGAACAGCAGAAAAGGAGAGCAAGAAGACCAAAACACCCCUACCUAAAACAGGGGUAGCAGCCUUCUUAGAAACGUGGGUUCUAAGAAGGCUGCUAAGAACCCGCUCAACAAACAAAAAUUAA